AAAUAAAAUAAACUAAAAAAUGUCUAAACAGACAUAGGAUAAGUAGAUUUAAUAGUCAAUUGAGAAAUAGAGAAAAAAGAAACUUAUUCUAGAUAGUCCAGAUUCAAAAGAGACUGUUACAAUAUUACCAAAAUAAGUAAGAUAUUUAUUAAUUAAUAGAAAGUACCAAGUUCAAGUAAAUUACCUAAGUAAUUUAUUACAAAACCUAAAAAGAAGGCAAGACUUAAAUAAUAAACAUAAGAAGAAUGCCCAAUAUGUAUGAUGAAUUUAGAUGAUGUCUAAAAUGUUUGUGAGAUUGAUGCUUGUAAACAUUAGAUAUGUUCAACUUGUAUUAAAGAAUGGGCAGAAAAAUAUAAAACAUAAUGCCCUUGUUGUCGAGCAAAAUUCGAUUUUAUUUAUCCAAUAAAGGAUGGAAAAAGAGAAAACAACCCAAUAAAAUUAAAUUUAAAUUUACCUAAAUGGAAUUAAGAGGAAGAUGAAUUUUAUGAAGAUGAAAAUAAUUCUGAUGAUGAAGAAAAAUGCUAAGUUUGUUAAUGUUCACACACGCCUUAUUUAAUGUUGAUUUGUGAUAAAUGUAAUGAUGCAUUUUGCCACACUUUUUGUGAUCCAGCCUAAUUAGAAUUCAAAGUCCCAACUAGCAAUUGGUAUUGUUUAGAUUGUAGAAAAUCAAAAUUUAUUUAUAACAAACAUAAAUGA